UACCUACCCACACGAAAACUAGCAAUUACGAGCUCCGAUUGGUUGAAAGUAACGUCAGUCACAUUGAGAUUAAUCCUAUUGGUUAAUGUAGAUCUGGGCGGAAGGAAGACUCAAACUUGUGGCUGCUUAGCCUCGGCUAGGCGGUGUCACAGUGUCAAGACUGCAGCUGUCUACGGAGUCGCUUCUGGUCACGUUUGGACCAAUCACUCACCAAGAUGGCGAAACUUGGCAGGCUGUCCACUAAAGACGCGGUGCUAUUCCUGUGUGACAUGCAGGAGAAGUUCAGACCCAAUAUCUUCCAGUUCACCAACAUUGUCAACAAUGCGUCCAGAUUGCUCCAGGCCAGUCGUAUUCUGGGCAUCACCCCAAUCUUGACAGAGCAGUACCCCAAAGGUUUGGGUCCCACGGUACCGGAGCUGGGAGCAGGAAACCUAACGGCUCAUGCCAAAACGUCGUUCACCAUGAUCACAGAGGAGGUGGAGAAGGAGCUGCAGGCUCUGGGGAACCCCACACAGGUCAUCUUGUGUGGCAUAGAGGCACACGCCUGCAUCGCGUGUACAACAUUUGACUUGAUUGAAAAGGGAAUAGAGGUUCAUAUAGUGGCUGAUGCUGUCUCAUCCAGAAGCCAAACGGACCGAUUGUUUGCUCUGUCCCGCCUGAAGCAGAGCGGAGCGUACCUAACCACCACAGAGGCUGUUCUACUGCAGCUGGUUCAAGAUGCCAAACACCCCAACUUCAAAGAGAUCCAGAAGCUUUUGGCCCAUCCGUCUCCUGACACCGGUCUCCUCGCCUUCUUCAGCGCUCUGUAGCUCAGUCUGCGUCACACCUACUGUACAGGAUUUCACAACUUUCACCAGACUUUAAUGAAUCAAUAAAGUGACACUGCUAAAGUU